GUUUGCUGGACGAGUAGUCACAACUGUCAGCUUUACUGAAGUCACUAAGUCGAACGCUCAUUCUCCUAAUACCCAUUCAAGACUACCUUUUAUUUCUACCUUCUCGCCCACUACCCGGCAAAGUUCCCUAGUUUCUGUACUUGGCUCGACUUAUUCUCUGCAAUGAUCAUGCAUGCACGAUACAUUCGUAUGUUCAUCUCCUGGUUGAGGCGCGUUCUCAAGACGGCCGUAUUUCGCUCGUACAAAAGUCUUCUCUAUGUCCUGCUGCGACUGAUUCGACACUCUCGAUCUGUCUUCAAUCGAAAGGAGGGGGAUUUUCAACAACGGUUCGGUUUAGCAUUGAGCUCUCAGCCAGUGAUCAACCAAGACAAGACACCUUCGGUGACCCUCGCUGUGCCAUUGUUCAAACCUCCACAAAGCCAAGGGUACCAACCUGGAAUGAGCCUUCAGUUACCAACUGGCGGCGAGCUCAAUGCAAGGCCCAAUAACGUAGCUCAUAAUGCACAGUCCACCGAGAUGUCUGCUGCGCCGUUGAUACUUUCUACGCCUGAGCCCAGCGUUUGCAACCUUGUGGGUGUGGGGAUACCACUUCCUGCGGCUCCAGGACAUGUUACCACUCUAGUUCCCAUUGUACCCGGACCACAGGUCAGGCGAUACGACAGGCAUAUUCCAGUUAAAAAUGUGUAUAAAGCUUUCAAGGUUGAGAAAGGUCCCUUCAACUGUUCCGAGAUGCCUGCCACUGCAGAAGGAUGGGAGCCACUCACACACCCAGAAGGGGCUUUUUUCUUCUAUUAUCCGAAACAAAGAGCUUUCACUGAUGCCGAUGUUCGAGACCAAAAAAUUGCUACCAAAAUAGGUGAAGCCGUCACGAAGGCGUACAGAGAAAUGAGCGAAGCAAAUCUCACUAUAGAUCCACUCGUCGAGCUAGUAUUGGAGCUUAUCAAGACUGACGACGGAGAAAUGUGGGGCUACUACUUCGCGGAUCACAAAAAACGCAUCAUCUUCUGGUUCGAAGACCACACAUCUGAUCCCCUUAUGAACAAAAUUCGAGGUGUAGAGUGUAAAAGCCAUCUCAGGUAUGCACUAGAAUCGCAGUACUGGAGACACGUCGAACUAUUUCCAAACAAACGUUUUCUCCCGGAAGAUGUUGUCGUAAAACUCAAAGAAAUUGUCAUGUUCGCUCAGGCAGAAAAUAUUACCUCUGAAACAUGCCUAGCACCUUUUGCUUCGGAUGAGGUUGCUAGUAUGCUCGGCCUUGUGGAUUGGCUCAUGGAUAGCGCUAACAAAGAGCGUGAGCACUCUGUGUGGAUUGUCGCUCGAUUCACAAGAAUUUUCUACAAUGCCAAGUUUGUGAAUUUUUGUGGACAACUAGGCGCCCGACUUGGUGUAGACCAAUCGUUAUAUGAAAAACCUAAUGUCCGCUCGAAAGGGAUCCUUCGCGUCAUGAAUGUCUUUCUGUUUGGAUCAUUUGAUGCUCAGAGCAAGGGUAUUCAUAAGAUAUGGGUCGAUGAAACCAUUGUUCAUCCGCGGUGGAAGAACUUUAUUGAUAGGCUUACCGCUGAAUGGAAUGGAUAUACAAUAUACUCCACUGUGAUGCUUGCUGUCGAUAUCAGUCUUCUUACGGUCCAAUCUGUCCAGACUCAGAUGGCCGCAACCCUUCUAACAUAUCUGUCUACACUCUGCGUCAUGGGCUCGUUGGUGGUCUCGCUGGUCUUGGCUGGGCAAGUUAAUGACAGCCGACGAAGUUCUGCUGAAGAGGUGGCCUCUUUCAUGUCAGGCAUGUCGCGUUCUAUGCUUGGCCUCGAGAGCCUUGCCCUCAUGCUGAGUCUGCCAUUUGCACUUUUGAUUUGGGCAAUGGUGUUCUUUGCUGCAGCAUUGUCUGUCCUGAUUUUCCGCACUGCUGACGUUGUCGUCGUCUCGACUGCAUCCCCAGUUUGGUUCGCUAUGUUUUGCCUAGCGAUGUGGCUCAUACUGGCAGCCAAUAAUUUUCAUAUCUCUCACUGCAUCUCUCACUGCAUCUCUCACGUUUCUCACCUGAGGUCCUGGAUCAUAGGACAAGUGUCACAGGUUACCGACUUCUCUACUAAUGUCUAGUCUAGGUAGACUGUGAUUGCAGGGAUAAUUCUGUCUCAGGAGCAGAAAAUGACGAGGCUAUUUGACGUCCGACGUCCAUCGACGGCUUGCGUCAGUAUGGAGUCCACUGUAGUAUAUCUGUUGCUCGAUAUUUCAAUGGUUUUGAAUGGAAGUACGGUACAUAAAAAACUAUCUCAUCUUCACAUCGUAUCAAGAUCUCUUUGUCCCCGCUA